CGAUGAAAAUUGACAUUUACGUGACGAAUUAUCACUUGCUGCAGCCAUUCGUAUCUAAAAAUGGUAUAAUAAGCGGUUAUAAAUAGAGUGUUCUUCACAAAAACAGCAGUUUGAUUCGACCGAAACUUCACACCAUUUUUUUUAAAGGGCGGCAGAAGCGCACUGCGCUUGUGUAACUACUGUUUUUCUAAGAGAACAAAAAAUGAAAUACAAAGUUACUUUUAUCAACUCUUGCAAAACUGUAAAAAUGUGUGUUUUUUACCUGUGACUGAAUGUUUAACUCUCUUUUCUUGUUCUCUUCCUUUCGAAGAAGGUCAGCCACAAAAAAAUAUAUUCUUUCUUUGAAAGUGUACGCCAUUAGAAUAGUUUCAGUAUAUUAGUUUAAAAUAGAAAGUUGUUGACGUACGUGUAAAAAUGUACCGAAAUACUAUUAUCAAAUUCAGAAAGCGUUAUCUUCCGUCGCAGUGAGAGAUGAACUCAAUUGCUUAUAAGUACAAACCGGUACGGUUGGCUCGUAAGUGGAACAGAUCUGCAUGAUAGAGACGAAUGAUCUAUUAGACGAAAUCUUAGCUACUCCAACAAAGUUCGUUAGUCGUAAGACUCCCUCUAGUCCCCCUCAGGAUUAAGUCAUAAAAUGAAUUUCACAAUUUUCUAGAUAUGCAAUUUUUUUCAAUAAAAUAUGUCGAGAGCAAGUCUAAGUUCUUUUAUCAAAGAUAAUCAUGUUGUUACAAAAAACAUCAACCUUAUUUUCUCAAUUUGUCUAAACUUACUCAUUUUUUUAAUCGAAAUUUUUUUUAACUCCCUAAAAAGCUCAAUCAGAACAGUGUUAGCUGAGAAAAACUUCGCAACUUAUCUCAACAAUGUUUUGUUAGAGACCAGAUUUAAGGUGUCACUGCCGUUCAAAGAGAAAUAUCAGUUUUUUUUGCAAAAUCUAAGUGAAAAAAUUUAAGGUUUGCAGAUUACCAAUUGAGUGGCAUUUCUUCUUGAGUAAUAAUAAAAACGUGAGUAAGGAACCCGCAAAUGGGUGUUUUUCGAAGCCUCUCGUUUUAACUGGCAGUACAUGACCUAACAUACCGGUCGGUUUUUGCCGGUUUUUACUCGUCUGAAAAUUUUUUUCAACCGGCCGGAUCGGACCGAUUUGAAAAUUCUGGACCGGUUACAACUUUGCAAUACGACGCAUCGCGCGACAUAACGUCCGAAUAUAAAAAUUUCAGAACUACCAAUUUAGUGAUUUCAGUCGCUUCCAAACAGAAAAUAAGCAUCACCACUCGACUCAGCAUGAUCGAUUAGCUAUAUUUCAAGGUUUUUUGGAGUGACCCAAGGUCAGCUGGUCGAAAUCGGGGCUCUUAGAAAAACGCUUAUGGUAGCAGGUCUCUAGCUGCUUCCUAUCCGAAGUUAUUCAACUUACAACCGACUCCAUUGUUCAUUGACAUGGAUAGUAGUUCAAAGUGUCAGUCCAAACACCAGGCGAAUCUAAGAUUGGAGUAGUACAAUUCAGUACAAUUUAGAAUUAAUCAGGCUGAUGGAAUAUUGGCCUAAGCUAAUGUCAAACCAGGAAGAUAUUCAUGCAUAAUCGAACAGAAUUGAUCAUUUGUGCUGAAACAUUUCUUGGAGUCAAAAAAACUCGAUUGACUAGGUGAGCCGAGCAUUUCCUGUUUGGACAGAAAAAUUUUCCGACUGUGGCCAGUUCUGAUGCCGUCAUUUUUCGUGCUGAUCGUUACCGUGGCUCGUCUUUGACACGAUCUAACAGCCUAUAAAUCCUAGUUACGCCACUGGAAAUAUGUUACAUCUACUCUAUUUAUUUCAUUUGUGAGAUGAGAUUUAAGAAUUAGUUACAAGAAUUAAAAAGUGCCUGUAGGAGUAACAAACAUUCUUUUGUCGAAGAAAUUUUAUAUUUUCAGUUUCUUGUAGUUUUAAUAAAAUAAAAGAUGAAACUAUUGCUCUACAUAAAAAAGUUUUGUGAAAUCUUAUCUGUACGAUAGUGAAUCCAGAGAGAAGCCUGAACUGUGAUACCCUGGUCACCAAACAUGCAAAGAAAUAAAGAAUAAGCACAUGCCGUAGUGUAUUGUGUAAUAAGCAGUGUAACUAGUGUAUUUUUUUCGGUUUGGAACCUCUUUUUAGAAUAACUUUUAUAACUUCAGAAGGAAAAUGACUUGAAACGAUAAAAUUAUAAGGUACAGCUAAUUUUUGAUAGUGAAUCAAAUGGGUGCUUUUUAUCGAAAAAUAAGUUUAUUUUCUUCGUUUCCUGGCCCAGAUGACUAAUGCUUGAUGGCUUGGCGACUGAAUCUUGGCUUGAGUUCUUUAUUCAAAGCAAAAACAUAACAGUGCUUCCUCUUUGAACUUGCAGCGCCUUACUUGAGAAAAGUAUAAUUUAUUGUUUACUUUGAAGCUUUUUGAAAUAAAACUAUAAAAUAAGUUUUAUUUAUGGCAUAAAAAUAAUUCUGUUGUUUUAAGGCUUUCACCUUUUUAGUCGUAGUCAGCCUGGUUUAGUUUACUAAUCAACGCAUACUCGUGGUUGCUGAAUUUUACCAAAACUUUUAACUAUUUCAGCCUUUUGUUCUUUGUUUCUACUUCUACGGUCCUACAAACUAUUUGUCAGUGCGUUUAUUAGUAAAAACCUGUUGGAAGCUUUCCUAACUGAUUGAUUGGAUAUAGACAUGCAACGGUUACGGAUAUUAACCGAUAACCGUAAUCGGUCAUAACCGUAACCAUUGCAUGUCCAUGUGGCAAUCAUUGCAACAUUAAUUUUGUACCAGAAGGAGACCAAGAGAAAGGAUCAAAAAUUUAUAAUGAUUUUAUGUUUUCACAAUUAAUACUUGAGUUAAUAUUAUUUCAUAUCCAGUGAUCAAAGUCAAAUCGAGAAGAAUUUAUUCAAUUAUGGCAACAAUGUUAUAGUGAUAAUAAAAAACAAAUGUCUGUUCUUGAAGAAUUUCGUUGUUCUUAUACAGAAGAAAAUGUUCGAUGGUGGUAUACACGUGACUGUUGUUUAUAUAAAACAUUAAAUAAAACCAUAUGUUCAAAUGAUAUAGAAAUGAUUAUAACAUGUCAAUUUUUGCUAAUAGAUUUAUAUAAGAAAUUAGAAAAAUUAAAAACUGAACAACAACAAUUAUCAACACCAGACGUUUAUUGUGGAGUAUUAAUAGAUGAAUACUAUUUGCAUAAAAUAGAAAAAUCAAUUAAUGAAUAUAUUUCAAUGAAUUGGUUGUUAUUUGGUUCUGAUAAUCGACAAUUGAUUAUUGAUUUCAUUGAAACGUCAUUAAUAUCCAGAAAUAAUUUAAAGCGAGUAUUAUUUCACAUCCAUAUUGAUAAUUCAUCAUGUAUAAAACCAUUUGCUUAUAUUAAUGGUGAACAAUAUUUUAUGAACAACAAUAAUAAUAAUAAUGAACAAGAGAUUUUAUUUAUGAUUGAUUCAAUAUUUCAAAUAAAUAGUAUUAGAAAAACAGAUAAUUAUUCAAUAAUAGAUUUACGACUAUGUAAUGAAAUGACAAACAACAUCAAUUUUGCUCAAUCGAAUAAAUCAUUAAAAUAUUAUGAAGAAUCCUUGAUUGACACAAAUCACAUGACUUACGGUCCCUUAGGUCACCUUCAUCGUCACAUGAACUAUUUCAAAAAGGUUGUUAAUCAACAUGGAAAAUUAAUUUUACUUAAAAUAUUUCAGUUAAAUAAUUUAAAUAAUAAAAAUGAAGAAAAUGUUGCAUCUAUUUAUAAAAAAAUUGGGUUAUUCUUUGACGAAAAAAAUGAUAAUUAUCAUACAUUAAAAUAUUAUUGUUUAUUCAUGAAAAGAAAUGAAAAAUUAAAUGGUAAUACGCCUGAAGUGAUACCGAUUUAUAAUGAAUUAGUUCGUUUAUAUGUUAAUCAAAUGAAAUAUGAUGAAGCAUUAUUAUACUAUGAAAAAAUAUUAAAUAUUCAACAAAAAUUUCCAUUGUUAAAUUAUCAUCAUAUAUCGAAAACAUAUGAAAAUAUUGCAAAUAUGUAUAAAAAUGGCAAACAAUUUGAUUUAGCUUUCACUUAUUUUCAAAAAGCAAUUGAAGUCUAUCGUCAAUCAGCAUAA